CAGUUUGAUGACGCGCUGCGGCGCUGGGUUUCGGAAUGGCGCCCUGGGUCCCCGCAGCCAACUGCGCGCUGGACGCCACAGUGGCUCCCUAAGACCGCUGCUUUGGACUCACUGCAAGAGCCCGCCAUGGCGUACCCUCACUUUCAGCAGCCCAGUUUCCUCCUGGCAAGCCUGAAAGCGGACUCUGUAAAUAAGCCCUUUGCCCAGCGGUGCCAGGACCUGGUUAAAGUCAUCGAGGAUUUUCCAGCCAAGGAGCUGCGAGCCAUCUUCCCAUGGCUGGUGGAGAACAUUUUCGGCAGUCUCGACGGCAUCCUCCUGGGCUGGAAUCUCCGCUGCCUCCAGGGCCGCGUCAACCCUGUGGAAUACAGCAUUGCGAUGGAGUUUCUAGACCCUGGGGGCCCAAUGAUGAAGCUGGUUUAUAAACUGCAGGCUGAGGACUACAGGUUUGACUUUCCCGUCUCCUACCUUCCGGGGCCCGUGAGAGCGUCCAUCCAGGAGCGAGUCCUCCCUGACAGCCCUCUGUACCACAACAAGGUCCAGUUCCCUCCCAGUGGUGGCCUGGGCCUCAACCUAGCCCUCAAUCCCUUCGAAUACUACAUCUUCUUCUUCGCCUUGAGCCUCAUCACACAGAAGCCCCUGCCUUCGUCCCUGCACAUCCGAACGUCAGACUGUGCCUACUUCCUGCUGGUGGACAGGUACCUGUCGUGGUUCCUGCCCACAGAAGGCAAUGUGCUCCCUCUGCUCUCCUUCAGCCCCGGCGGGGCCAGCCCUUCACCCGCUCCCAGGACACCCGCCAUGCCCUUCGCCUCCUAUGGUUUCCAUCACACCAGCCUCCUGAAGCGCCACAUCUCCCACCAGACGUCAGUGAACGCGGACCCCGCCUCCCACGAGAUCUGGCGCUCAGAGACCCUGCUCCAGGUGUUUGUUGAGAUGUGGCUGCACCACUACUCCCUGGAGAUGUACCAGAAGAUGCAGUCCCCUCACGCCAAGCUGGAGGUUCUGCACUAUCGCCUCAGUGUCUGCAGCGCCCUCCACAGUCCUGCCCAGCCCGGCUCCCAGGCCCUCCACACCUACCAAGAGUCGUUCAUGCCCACAGAGGAGCACGUGCUGGUGGUGCGGCUGCUGCUGAAGCACCUGCAUGCCUUCUCCAACAGCCUGAAGCCUGAGCAGGCCUCGCCCUCUGCCCACUCCCACGCCGCCAGCCCCCUGGAGGAGUUCAAACGGGCUGUCAUCCCGCGCUUCGUCCAGCAGAAGCUCUACCUCUUCCUCCAGCACUGCUUUGGCCACUGGCCCCUGGAUGCAUCCUUCCGUGCCGUCCUGGAGAUGUGGCUGAGUUACCUACAGCCAUGGAGGUAUGCACCCGAGAAGCAGGCCCAGAGCAGUGAGGUCCAGCUCCGCUGCGUGGCAGAGAGAUGGGCGCCCUUUGUGCAAGAGAACCUGCUGCUGUACAGCAGGCUGUUCGUGGCCUUCCUGAGCCGUGCGCUCCGCACGGACCUGGUCAGCCCCAAGACUGCGCUCAUGGUCUUCCGCGUGGCCAAAGUCUUUGCCCAGCCCAACCUGGCCGAGAUGAUCCAGAAAGGUGAGCAGUUGUUCCUGGAGCCCGAGCUAGUGCUCCCACAUCGCCAAAAUCGCAGCUUCAUGACGCCGACGUUCACGGGCAGCUUCUUGUCGUCCUGGCCCCCUGCCGUCACCGACGCCGCCUUCAAGGUGAAGAGCCACGUCUACAGCCUGGAGGGCCAGGACUGCACGUACACCCCGAUGUUUGGGCCCGAGGUUCGAGCCCUGGUCCUCCGCCUGGCUCAGCUCAUCACCCAGGCCAAGCAGACCGCCAAGUCCAUCUCGGACCAGCCCUCUGAGAACACAGCCGGCCGCUCCGUGCUGUCGUGGCUGGGCCUGUGCUCCGCAGACCGCGGCAGCUCCUACCCGACCACUGACCUGGACGAAGGGGGCCAGGAGAGCAUCCGAAAGACCGACGAGUACCUGGAGAAGGCCCUAGAGUACCUGUGCCAGAUCUUUCGGCUCAGUGAUGCCCAGCUGGCCCAGCUCACGCUUGCCUUGGGGACGACGCAGGAUGAGAACGGGAAAAGGCAGCUCCCAGACUGCAUUGUGGGAGAGAACGGAUUGGUGCUCACCCCGCUCGGCCGCUACCAGAUCAUCAAUGGCCUACGGAGGUUCGAGAUUGAGUACCAGGGCGACGCCGAGCUGCAGCCCAUCCGGAGCUAUGAGAUCGCCGGCCUGGUCCGCCUGCUCUUCCGCCUGUCCUCGGCCAUCAACCACAGAUUUGCAGACCAGAUGGUAGCCCUGUGUUCCCGGGCUGACUUCCUGGGCAGCUUCUGCCGCUACCACCUCACAGAGCCUGUGCUGGCCCAGCGGCGCCUGAUGAGUCCUGGAGGACAGGCCCGUGCUACCAGCCAGGCCCAGGGCCCGAGGCUUAGCCUGCGCUUCCUGGGCAGUUACCGCACCCUGCUCCUGUUGCUGCUGGCCUUCUUUGUGGCCUCCCUGUUCUGCAUAGGGCCCCUGCCCUGCUCCCUGCUCCUCCUCAUGGGCUACCUGCUCUACGCCUCCACCGUGGUGCUGCUCAUCACGCCGGGGAAGCCGAACCAGGCCUGAUGGCGAGCUGGCCAUCUCCAGCCGGGACCCUCAGCAGACCUAGGGGCCAGCCCUGUGCAGCCUGCCUUCUGCCGCUGGCCGGUCCCAUGCACGGUGUCAGGGAGGGUGCCAGGAGCAGUGGAGGCACCCAGAAGCCCAGUGAAGGGAGACCCGCCCCAGGUUAAGCCUCACCUACCACUGGAGGAAGAGCCUUUGGGUCUCAGGACCGGCACCUCUCUCCAAGGCCCAGCUUCGCACCCUCUGCCAGCCAGGUGACACCGGGACCCGAGGUGAACUUCUGGAUCCAGGAAGAAUCCGUUUCCCAAAAUGAGAUUCCUGACAAAAUGGGGUCUUGGCCGCACUUUGCUUCCACACCAGGCCUUUUCCAAGCUGGGCCACAAUUCCAUUUCUGGUGCCCGGACUUCCUGGGGAACUUCAACCUGAGGCUCCUCCGCUCCCAGGCCCUCCAGGUGGCCUAGUAUCGCCACCUUCACUGCCUUGUCACAGCGGGAGCCUUGGCUCCCGCAGGUAUCGUCAGCCCACCUAAUCUGCGGACCAGUGGACACUGCACAACCAAAGAUGGUCAAAAGCGUCGUAUUGCCAAUAAAAUCAAGUCCUUAAA